UGAGUCACUUCUCACAGGCAUCCCUUCCUCGCCCGGGCCGGGCCCUGCCCCCUCCUAUUUCUCCUGGUUGAGAUGGGCUCAGCCAAGAGCGUCCCAGUCACUCCAGCGCGGCCUCCGCCUCACAACAAGCUGCUGGCUCGCGUGGCGGACCCCCGCUCACCCAGCGCCGGCAUCCUGCGCACUCCCAUCCAGGUAGAGAGCUCUCCUCAGCCAAACCUGCCAGCAGGGGAGCAGCUGGAGGGCCCUAAGCAGUCCCAGGACUCAGAUCCCCGCUCUCCUACCCUUGGCAUUGCACGGACACCUAUGAAGACCAGCGGAGAGCCCCCAAGCCCACUGGUGAAACAGCUGAGUGACGUAUUUGAGACCGAAGACCCCACAUUAAAUCUUCCCCCAGAGCCUGUUCUGCCCCUAGAGACACCUUCAUCUUCUCCACUGGACUUGCCUCUGGGCACCCGGUUUUCCCUUGAGGAUCAGAUGUCACCUUGGAGCCAGACUGAGCUCCCCUCCAGGCAGGUGUUUUCCAAGGAGGAAAUAGGACAUGCCUCAGAAACCGCUAUGGCCAGCCAGGACUCAGACAAGCCCUCGAGAGACCCCGAGACUCCUUGGUCUUCAGGUUCUAAGUGCAGCAGAUGGAAAGCAAACAGCAAGGUGCUAGGGAGAUCUCCUCUCACCAUCCUGCAGGAUGACAACUCCCCUGGGACUCUGACACCACGACAGGCUCCCCUUCCUCCAUUUCAUCAACCGACAUUGCCGCCAGGGCCAUCUUCCCGAGGAGCAUUGCUGAUCACGUUACUACUCCACUCAAAACUCUUCAAUCGUCCCGCAUUGCCUGUAGGGUAAAGUCUAGACUUUUUAGCUUUUUUAGGCCUCUUACAAUCUGAUUCCUUCUCAACACAGCCCUCCUGUACAAACACACACAUAUGCACCAAAGGCAGGCGGUGGGGAACCGUUGUGCACAGCCCCCCUCCCAGCCUCCUCCUCCUGCCCCAGCUCAGGCCCUGCCCAUGAGGCUUGGGCUCCUGCUUCAACCUUCCUUUCUGCCCACAGCUCUCUGGUACCCAGCCUUUAUCAUUGCACAUGUAAUACGUUAUUACUUAAGUGGGACCUGCAUCUGUUUGGAACAGAAGUGGGGUGGGAGGCAAACAUCACAGACAUACCAGGGCACUACUUUAUUGCCAGUGCUUUAGGAGAGGCAAGAAGGUAGACAAAGGAGGAAGUAUGAAGGAGAAGGGGGCCAGGACCCUAGUAGUGCCAGAGCUGAGGGCCCUGCGCCACCCGCGUCUAGACAAAGGUGGUGGCUCUGGGGGCGGGGGAAUGCUAGGGCCUGUGGCCUCCGUGGGAAGCCUGCUAGGCCUGCCAAGGGUGGAGAAGCUGUCAGGACCAUGGAGAAGGGGAGGCCAUGGGAGGAGAUGGGGCAGUUCCCCACUCAUGUCCCUGGUGUUGCCUCCCAAAGGCACUCUCCCCAUACUCCCCAUGCCCUCAAAGGGGAAAGCUGGGCAGGAAAGGCGGCUGCAGGGUAGAAGAGAAAAUCUUAAAGAAAUCGGGCAGGGGAGAGGGCAGCCGAGUGUCUUCGUGGCCUUUUACCCCCUGUCCUCCAGCCUCCUCAGUUCCAGAUUUUGAGGAAGCUGUCCCAGGAACCAGUGGCCACAGCCAUUCCAUCAGCUGUGACCCCCAGGCAGCUGACCCUGUUGUCGUGGCCAGAGAGGAUGCCUGAAGAAAAGGGAGAGGAGUUAGCCUGGCAGGGAGUGUGUGCACACAGGGCCCCUAGGUUAGCCAGGCGACACAGCUGACUAGAGGAGGAAAGAGGAUUAGCCCUAAGGGGCGGGCCUUCUAUUGAGGCCAAUCUCUCUGUGCAGAAC